GAAGCCCAUUUACAAGUUCAGCUGUUCAGUUGUAACAUAACAGCAGCUUCGGCAGAUAAGCAACUGUUCUCAGUUUGUGUUGCCAUUUCCACUGAGAAAGACACUCACUUUUGUUUGAAUAUCCACGAACCAAACCAUAGGAUUGUGACACAGACAUGGAACUUCUCUCUGUGUCUGUCUCACUUAGCAAAUGCCAAACAUUAUCCUUUCCGAAACCAAAGGCACCCCAAAUUCACGAACUUCCAUUAAACAUUAGAUUACCCAACAAAACAAAUCAUUUCAGUCUUUCAUCAUCUUCUUCUCCUUGUUGUAAUUGGUCCAUUACUAGGGUAGCAGCAGCAACAACAUACCCUUCCUUCAAUCCUUCCACCACUCAGAACCCUCACUGGAUGGUGCUCAUGGACACGCCUCCUCAAGGGGUCAAUUCCAAGCCACAAGUCAUUGAUUAUUACGUGAAAACUCUGCAAACCGUUCUUGGCAGUGAGAAAGAUGCUCAAAUGUGUAUAUAUGAUGCUUCAUGGAACACUCACUUCGGUUUUUGUUGUGACAUUGAUGAAGAAAUAUCCUCCCAGCUGGCCAGUUUACCUGAGGUCUUGUUGGUUAGGCCUGACCUGGAUUUCAACUCUUUGAAAAAAGACUAUAGUUUAUCAAGUGGCGAGGCAGGCCACCUAUCAGGAUUACGAACUAGAACUAAUAUGUUGUUCCCUGCUGGAAAUUCAAAGCAUUGGCUUGUUAAAAUGGAUAAGCCCGGGGUUGAGGCUGUUACCAAGGCUCAGAUUGUUGAUUAUUAUGCUCAAAUUUUGACCAAGGUCAUGGGAAAUGAGAAGGAUGCACAGAUGUGUAUAUAUCAUGUUUCCUGGAAAACCAACUUCGGUUUUUGCUGUGAACUUGAUGAGGAUUGUGCACAAGAGCUUGCUGGUGUGCUAGGUGUCUUGUCAGUUCAGCCAGAUAACAAUUUUGAGUCUGAAAAUAAGGAUUAUGCAGGCAGUAACUUAGAAAAUAGUUGGAAUGUGUCCAACUCUUCUGAAGCAAGUCAGGAAGCUCCCUUGAAAACAAAGAAACUUUUUGUGACAGGGCUAUCGUUUUAUACAUCUGAGAAAACCUUGCGUGCAGCAUUUGAAGGCUUUGGCGAGUUAGUUGAAGCUUUUACUAGCAAAUGGUUAUGCUUGGCAGUUAAAGUUAUUAUGGACAAAAUUUCAAAAAGGUCCAAGGGUUAUGCAUUUGUUGAAUACACCACAGAGGAGGCUGCAAGUGCAGCACUCAAAGAGAUGAAUGGCAAGAUUAUCAAUGGCUGGAUGAUAGUGGUAGAUGUUGCCAAGCCUAACCCACCAAGAUACCACAGGAAUCAUGCUGGAUGAUCAAGUUGACAAAAGAGAAAAGAUAUGGGAGAUAAAUGCAAUGCAUACUUCCUGCAAGUAGUCUUGGCUGGGAGAUGUUAUUAGCAACAUGUGUAACAUCGCUGAACAAGUUACUUCUUUAUUACUUCAUGGCUUAUUCUUCCCCUCAGCCUUCAUUCUGAUUCCAGACUUGUCUUCGGUAUGCUAGCAGGUAUCUAACAACUAAAUCAUAUUCUCUAGAUAUGAUUAGGCGGUUAUGACAACACUUGCCCAUGUGAGUGAAAAUAUAAAUCUCUAUGUUGACCAGGAUUCCUACAGAUUGUGCGAGAGUGAGACCGUAGCAUGCUGCAGUUGACUAGCAAUAUUGUAGCCUCUAUAGGAAUCUGGCUUCCUGUUAAGGAACUGAAAAGAAUGGUGAUGUUUGGGAUCUGGGUUCUUAUUGUUAGGUCUUUGGACAUUAAAGAGUCCAUUUGAAAUUAACAUAUUGUUGGUUGAGAUAGUGUUGUAAAAUAAUAUAUUCUGAACGAGGGAUGAAGCUUUAGCCAUUUGGACUAAAUUUCCAUAUUCUCUUCGAUUAAAUAACAUUAAUGCAUACAUGAGAAUCAAAAAACUUAGUUGGCCUUAUAAGAGUA